CAGUCCCGCGCACCAGGAUUUUUUUUGCUCUUCGUGAAGAAAAAAAAAGCAACUGCUUGCGUAGAAAGGUCAUGGCAUACAUCACGUUGAACCGUGUCUCUGGAUUCAUCAUCGCCCCAUAGGGCAAGUUCGUCGACCCAAAACGUUGGACAAAAUCGCAGCCCGUCGAGCACCACGGUAUGACCUGCUUCGCCCAAUAUGCAUGGGGCUCCAUCCACACGCCACAAAACGCUCUGACCCACGGGCGGCGAACCGAAGGAUUGAAACACCGGGGGAAGCUUUCCGAUAUUCUUCUAUACAAACCGGGCGUAACCUCCAAGGCGUGGCUCUCUCCCCCGAAAUAACCGGCACUGGCUCGCCCAAGCCAUGGACAUUGACUGGUUCCAGCAAAUUGGAUAGCGUGGAAACUUCGACAAGGGGAUAUUUCUUUUUCUUCUUUCAGUUGAACAGUUUUUAUACGACUAUUGUGGCCCACUGAUGAGGCUUUACGACUGUAGGCCUUGGUCUUGUCUGAGACUUAGCAAUGCGAGAACUGCGCGGCGUUUUGGAAGAACCCGAGCGUAGGCUAGAUGCUAGCUACUCAGCUCAGUGAGCCUUUCGUCGAAGAUCUGUGUCUUUCUCUUCCACUCUGUUAAGGGAUGUGAUUCAGUUAAGCAUGAGCCUUAACGACAGCAUAAUUACGACCCAAGACGCACGGUAUGAGAUUAUUGAACCACAAGAGCAGACUCCGAGAGGCGACCAGAGUGAUCAGGCAUCGCCAAGAUGUUCGUUGGAGCACCAGGAGCUACCAGUCACCACAGUUAACAAAUUAACCGGUCUAUCAGAAGCGGAGACAGCGAACAAUGGCUUCGUUUCAUGCAACUCAACCCAUCAUAUUGCCCCUAAGCAUUCUGUUGCACAGCCGCAACUGAACUUGCGGUCGCCACAGACGCCUUCUGCAGCACAGUCGAUUAAAACUGUGCGGCGAAGACCGGGCCAACUUUCCUAUGGAUGUCCAAUGUGCAAGGGCAACAGAACGUAUUACGAGAAUAUUGAUAAUCCUUGUACGGCUCCAAAAGGUCUUGGGCUGGACAUCAAAUAUAUCCGAGAUCACCUCGAGAUGCAUCACAGUCCACAUAUGCGGUGUCUAAAGUGCUACCAGAAGUUUCGAAGCAACGCUUGGGACAAGUACGCUGAGCAUGUCCAAAAGAACGAAUGUACCCCGGUAGAUCCAUUGUCUAUGCCUGAAUUGUUCACGGCGGAUCAAGAAAUAGCAUUCAGAAAUUUAAAGAAUGCGGUUAGAAGAGAUUUGAGCGUAGAGGAAAAAUGGAGAGAGAUAUAUCGAACAUUGUUUCCGCAUGCUAAAGACAAAAACACUAUUGACCCAUACUAUGAUUAUUGGGUGGCAAGACAUCUCGUUGAUCCAUCUUUAGGACAGUUAGGCCACAGCACUGAAGAUGUUACUCGACCUACUGGCUUGAAAAGGCCUGCUUCAAUGCUUGAAGAUGAGCCGAAUUCCAAAGCUUCGUCUUCCAUUUCCGUGGAUGAAACCUCACGCGCAGCAUUUGCGUCAACUUCGGUAGAUGAAUCACCUGAGGCUGUACGGCGCGCCAAGUCUCCAAGCGCCCUGGUGAAAGACAUACUUGCGCAUAUUCGACUGAAAGCGGAGUGCUACACAGGAAACGAAGCAAGCAACGCAACGCAACUCUCUUCAGACAACAAUCAGAAGAAGAAAAUUCGGCCGUCGACGGAAGACGAAAAACGUACCAGAGACUUAACGCGACUGCAAAACGAAGUCAGAGUCCUCAAUAAGACAAGAGUCAAUAGGAAGAUCAGACUACGAACGUCGAGGAGCGACAGCGAGCGGGGAAAGAAGAACAAAGCCAUCCAGUUUGUUGAUCAUGCUACCGAUGGGAGGCAUGCGGCCUCGAACGUGAAAGCAGACGAGUUGCUAGCUGCUGUGCGUGAGUCGAUCAACCAUGGUUUCCAACACAAAGAAGAAAAAUUCGAUGUACGAGGGCUCGACGAGUUUUUCGAGGAGGCCAUGAAUGCGCCUACGGCAGAGCAACGAGAAGAACGAAACGACUUGGAUUCUAUCUACGACUACUUUCUUGUUGAGGCCCAGUCAGGAUCCGAUGCCAAUAAAGCACACGACCAGGCUGCUAGCAUGUAGGAGGCAGAGUUGAGGAACUGGGUGUUUUUGGAAAGAAGCUGCUCCGCCCAACAUGAGCUUCCGCCUGCACGUCUUAGC